AAGGCGAAAGGUGGAACUUGCCGGAUUUAGUUCCCAGCUGCGGUGCCGCAUGACACUGCCAUAUCUCUGCCAUUGACUCCAUCAUCAUGAAUCCAACAGAUCCUCAAACUUUUAAUCAUCGCACGGCUCAGAUUUCUACCGGUCGCCUUUAUCAUUUUAUCGACCAAAUCCCGAAGGAUUACGAUCUAACUCGACCACCACUAAUUUGUCUACAUGGCUUUCCUGAUUCUUGGUUCGGAUGGCGGCACCAGAUUGGUCCAUGGUGUCGACAAGGCUUCCGUGUGAUCGUUCCAGACAUGUUAGGCUACGGCGAAACCGACAUGCCCCGUGAUUCUUCAGCGUACUCCACGAAAAAUAUUUGCAAUGAUAUUUCGGCACUUCUUGAUUUCUUAGUGAUACCCAAAGCCGUGGUGAUUGGUCAUGAUUGGGGAUCAUACACUGCUGGAAGGUUUGCUUUGUGGCAUCCGGAUCGGUUGAUAGCGCUAGUCAUGUUAUCUAUUCCAUAUGUUCCUCCAAGGGAACAGCAUAUGUCUGUCGAGGAAAUGGCCAGAAAAUAUCCAUCCUAUGGAUAUCAAGUAUUCUUUGCGUCCGAAUCAUCAACAUCCGAGAUCGAGGAAAACCUCGUCCCCUUUCUCGGUAUGGUAUUCAGAAUGCCUGAGAAGGCAUUGUCGUGGUCAAAAUUGGAUGAGCUGAUCACCAAUAAGCAAAUCAAUUUUACCGAUGAUUGCCUCCUCAACGAACGUGAAUUGCAAUUUUAUAUUUCUCGUUUUCAGCGCGGCAUGCGAGGGCCUUUGUCUUAUUACCGAACCACGAAAACGCGAUUCGAAGAGGAGAAAGAGGCUCAGCUACCUGCACAUCUACUGCCGAAUUUUCCCGUUCUCUUCAUGUAUGGAACCAAAGACGCCACGUGUCCUCCGUCAGCGGUCCAAAACGCCCACAAAUUCAUUUCACGACUCAAUACCGUUGCCCUCGAGGGUGUUGGUCAUUGGGUGAUGUUGGAGGCGCAGGACCGUGUUGCAUCGGAAGUGUUGCGAUUCCUUUCGUCUCUAGGAUUAUCCCAGCAGUCUCGCCUGUAGAACUGUGGAAUUAUUAUUCGUUUUGCUUA